AUGGCUACAACACCUUUUGUGUAUCUGGGGGUACCUAUAUUUAUUGGUAGACCUAAGCCUGUGCAUUUUUUGUUUGUUACUGUUGGUAAAGCUAGCCUUCUUACAAUGGCUGGAAGAUUACUGUUGGUAAAAUUUGUGAUUCAAAGCAUGUUGGUACACUACAUAUCUAUAUACCACUGGCCUGGAUCUCUUACAAAGCAAGUAACAACUUGGAUGCACAAUUUUAUAUGGAGUGGCAACUUAGAGCAGAAAAAAGUAGUAAAUGUAGCUUGGAAAAAUUGUUGUAAAAGUUUAAAGAAUGGAGGCCUUGGGCUAAGAUCUCUUGAGGGGUUUAAUGAGGGCACAAAGCUUCACCUUUGCUGGCAAUUUGUUAAAAGUGGUAAAAGUUGGACUACAUUACUGGCUGAGAGGGUUCUUAGAAAUAGAAGAGCAAUAUCAUACCACAUAAGUUCCACUAUGUGGACUAGCAUAAAGGAGUGUUAUCAAAAGGUGUUAUCAUACCACAUAAGUUCCACUAUGUGGACUAGCAGCUCCGGCGAUGAUGCCAAUAUUUGA